AAUAUUUCAUUGAAGAACCAUUUUCAACUUUGAGAUGAAGGGGGAAGCCGGUUUGUGAUAUAUUCUGUUUGGUUUACAAGGCAGCCGUUAAAAGGCUUUUUAAUUAUUUUAUGUGCUUUACAUGACACCAUACAAUUUUUAUGGAAUGGCAACGAAAACAUCUGUGAAUGAUUUGAUCGUGUGUCCCAUUUGUUAUGAGAUAUUUCAGGACCCCAAGUCAUUGCCACAGUGUCUGCAUACAUUCUGUAAGUCUUGUAUCAAAUCUUAUAUAUCGUCUUCUGUAACAGAUAAAUCACUGAACAAGACUGAUUUUUACUGUCCUGUGUGUCGGAAAUGUUAUCACGUGACAAAUCCUGAGGAGUGGGUGGAUACCUUACCACACAACCAUUUAAUUGUCAGUUUAACCGACCAAGAGAAAAUGGAAAAAAAGGAACCUUCAUGUGAUUGUUGCAGCAGGCUGGGUCAAUCACAGCCGGCAGUUUCUUGGUGUCCGAAGUGUUGUGAUCAAUUGUGUGAAAACUGUGUCAAUUUUCAUAAAAUCAGUCGACUCACUAUGGAACACAAACUGGGUAAUAUCGCGGAAAGAGACCAAAAUCUUAGCGUUGAUUUAUUUUGCAAGCAGCAUACCAGUAGAAGAUUAGAAGUUUAUUGUUUUGACCACGAAGAGGCAUGCUGUCUAAUGUGUGCUACGGUGUCCCAUAGAAAAUGUGAAAAAGUCACUAGUCUGGAAGAUUGUGCCCAGAAUUGCAGUGCAGACAUACCAAACAUUUGCUCUGAAAUAGAGGAUAUGCAGAAAGCGUGCGACACUGAAAUAACACGAGUUACAAGCGACUUGAAAAGUCUGGAGACAGAAUCAAAAGACAUUGAACACAAGGUUUCAACCAUGGCUGAAGAAAUCAUCAAUGCUGUACGGGAUAAAGAACAAAUUCUUAUAGGAAACUUAAAGAAAACAGAAAAAGAACAAUCAAUGAUCGUACAAAAUAUUCUGGAUGAGUUUUCAGAUGUUAAAAAGAAGAUAGAACAUGAUGUCAACAUUCUGAAGAAUUCAGACAAACUACCCAAAAUUGCCUUAUUUUUAGAAUUAAAACGAAUCGGGAAAACAGUUUCCGAAGCUAAAACAGACUUUAAUAAGCUCCAGAAAGGGUAUCAAACUUCUGAUUUAGAAGUACAUAUUGAUGAAACUGUUCAAAAGUUUCAUUCCUCUUUUGAUACUUUUGGAGAAAUCAAAGUCAAGGGACAGAACAAAGUAAAUUAUCAGUCUGGGCAGCUUGAGUUGGAGAUAUCAGUGAUUGUAGACGGAAAUACAUACCUUACUGAUGUUGAUGUUAUUGAUGAGUGCUGUAUCAUAACUACUUGCCAGAAUAAAAAUAUGGUAUAUAUUUUGGACGAUAAAGGAAAACAGUUGUCAUCAUCUAAAUUGACUGGAACUCCUUGUGGUAUUGCAGCACUACAAAACAAAAUUUUCUGUGUAGCUCUGCGAGGUCCUGGCGCUGUUUGUAUGUUUAAAGUACAUGAAAAUCUUUCAAUUUCAAUUGUAAAGGAGUUAAAAAUGCCUCAGAAUGCAUGGGGUAUUUGUGCUAUUGAAGAUAGAAUCGUUAUUUCAGUUGAACGUCCUCAAGGAAACGCCGGUCAAGUUUUUAGAUUUUAUGACCAAGAAGGUAAUUAUUGUAAAGAACACACAAUAACACCAGGAUCUUCAAAUUGUGGUGCAGUGCUAGCUACAUCAAACAAGUGUCUAUUUUAUACACACCACGGCGGGAAUUCACUUUUUUCUGUUGACAUUAGCAAAUCAAAAUCAGCUUCUGCAGUGCACCAAGGGAAUAAUGUGAAAAAACCAGUAGGCGUAACCUGUGAUCCGAAUGGGAAUGUUUACGUCGCUUGUUAUGGAUCAAAAAAUGUUCUUCAGUUCGAUAAAAACGGAAACUUUAUCAGAGAGAUUAUACAAGAGGAAUCAGCGGUUCACAGUCUGUUUGGGAUACGGGUCAAAAGACUGGGAGGUGACGUUAAAUUGAUUCUUUCAACAUAUGAAACACUUCUUAUUUACCAUUUUAUGCAAUGACUGAAAAUUAUAUUUGUUCCAUUAUUCACAUAUUGGACAUACGGGGUCAUUUCAAGCAAAUAUGAUAAAUGGAAUUAAGGUGGCUAUGCAUAUCAAGGGAAUCUUAUUUACUUAUUUAAUCUGACCAGAGUCUUAGAUAUGUGAUAAUAGUAUAGUUAUUGCAAAUACAUGAACAUGUAUCAGUAAAAGACAAAGAGAAUUAUCAAAUCUUGUGCAUUGUUACUUUAUAAGUACAUGUACCUAUACUUUAGAAUUAAAUCAUGACU